AAUUGGAAAACUAAAACAUUAACAUAUUAAAUGAUGUCCUAAUUAUAUAAAGUGAUAUUUAGGUACCUUUUAGUUAGUAAAUCAUUUGAGACAUUGUCUCUGUUGGAUUGGUCACAUGAUUUGCAUCAGACUACUGUAACUUUGGCCACAUGCUUUCACUUCUUCAUACAUGUACAGCAUCCAGUUUCUUGUCAGUGCAGAGCAAGCCGUUUAGUUCAUUUGCAGCUGGAUAACGAUGGCUUCAUGUGGCUGAUAAUGUGAAUUUGAACGUACAUGCUAUGGAUCUGUUAAAAACAAUCAUCUUUUCGCAGCUUUUGUUGUUCGUGAGCAGCAUAAAUAUCAUCUUCUUUCCAUGUGAUACUGAUGUGAAUGCCACUGUAGUUGACUGCAGCGACAGACCGAUCAGGCAUGUCCCCGCCAUGAAGUCCACGACCGUGGUGUCGUUGAGUCUAAGUCGAACUAAAAUACGGCACGUGCGGGAGCAUGUGUUUGAAGAUUUGCCAAACCUUAAAGCGCUAAAAAUGAUGGGCAACUGUGAACCGGGCCGUCUGAGAGCCCUGGACGACCGCUCAUGCAAAGUGCUAAUUCACCACAACGCUUUCAGGAGCCUCCUGAAGCUUACGACUCUCUAUCUGUCAGGAAACAGCCUCACUUCUAUACCGUGGUUACCGCAAAGCCUGAGGGUUCUCGAUCUUCAGAAUAAUCGCAUCUUCCACAUUGUGGAGCCACUGAAAACACCAAAUCUCCAAGCUCUCUUUCUCUCUAAGAAUUGCUUUUAUGCAAAUCCUUGCAACCAGUCCUUUUACAUCAAUGAGACGGUUUUCAGAGAGCUCCCGAAUCUAAAAAAUCUCACACUAGGGUAUAAUAACUUGACAGGCAUUCCUACAGGACUACCAGCCUCACUGGAGCUGCUGGACCUAAGAGAGAACACAAUCACAGAGAUCCCAGAUCGGGCAUUCGCCAACAUGGCUACCCUCCGUGAUUUAAACCUAGAGUGGAACUGCCAGCGUUGUGACCAUGCAGCGAGGCCCUGCUUCCCUUGCCCACAAAAUCGCUCUCUACUCUUACAUCCGGACUCCCUCUACGCUGAGAACAGCUCCAUCACCUUCUUAAGCUUGCGUGGAAACUCCCUAAAAACAUUUCCACAGGGCUUUUUCAGACCACUGAAGAAUUUAAAGCGAUUGGAUGUCUCCGACAACCUCCUGAUUCAUGCAAUACAAUAUGGUACCUUCUUCUCAGAGCUGACGGGCCUCAGCUGGAUCAGCCUCAUCUACAACUAUGAACCACUGAAAACGUAUGAAACGCUCACUCUCUCCCCACUUAUUGGCAACAUAUCGGGUCUAGAAUAUCUUCUUCUGACUGGCAACUUUUUCCACAAGCUUUCAACCGAGAGCGUUAAUGUUUUGUCCAAACUUCAAAACCUGAAGAAACUAGAGCUGAGAAUGAACUUUAUUAAUGCAUUUAACCUGACGGCUCUGACGCAGUUGCCGUCUCUCGCCUACAUCGACCUCUCCCAAAACAUGCUUAGUUUCCUUCCAUGCUGCUUUACUUCACCAUCUGAAGUUGGCACACAGGGAAGUUGUCAAAAUCAGAACAUUUACACGCAGGAGUCCCACGACCAACCUCAAAUUGUGAGGGAUCGAGAAGACACCGCUGGAAAUGACAUCCGGGAGUCCCGCAAAUCAGAAGUCCUGGAACUGUUGCGGGUUGAUCCGUCACGCUUUCCAUCCCCGUGGGCCUUGAAGGAUUAUUUCUGUCACCGUCAAUUAACAGUGGACUUGUCUCAAAAUGACAUCUUAUCCCUUAAAAAAGAUGUGUUUGUAGGCAUGGAGAACACUGUCUGCCUAGACCUUUCCUUCAAUUACAUGAACCAGGCGCUGAAAAUGGGAGUGUUUGACGGCAUGAAGCAUUUAGUUUAUCUAAAUCUGUCCUACAAUCGGCUUGAUCUUUAUUAUAAUGAUGCUUUCGGCGAGCUUGAUGCCACUCUGAAGGUAUUAGACAUUAGUAAUAACGACUUUCACUUCAGAAUGAGAGGCAUGGGUCACCGUUUUGAGUUCCUUCAACAUCUCAAAAACUUGACAGUUCUCAGUCUGGCAAACAAUGGCAUUGGGAUGAGAAUAGAUCAAAGGCUGGUCAGCAGUUCUCUGAGGUUCCUCUACUUCUAUGGAAACCAGCUAAACAUCAUGUGGGAUUCUGAUAACAACAAGUACACUCAUUUCUUCCAAAACCUGACAAACCUGCUCUACCUGGACAUUUCCAACAAUGACCUGAAGUCCAUCUCGCCAGAGGUACUGAGUAACCUCCCAGGAAGCAUCGAAGCCCUCAGGAUCAGUAGCAAUGGGCUAAAUUAUUUCCCCUGGCAAAACAUCUCAGCACUUACAAGCUUACGCCACCUGGACCUCAGUCAAAAUGAACUCUAUUAUUUAUCCCCUUCCAUAAUUGAUUUUGGAGAAAAAUUUUCAUUCUUGGACCUUAGUCACAAUCGCUUCAGUUUUAUUCCUCAGGAUUUCUUUAAGGAAGCAAAAUCCUUGCGAUAUCUGUAUCUCAGCCACAAUCAGAUCAUAGAGUUGAACCGCCAGUUUCUCCCUGCUCCCUUCAGAAAUGGUAGCGCCCUUCAAAAGCUCACCCUACAUGCCAACCCCUUUAAAUGCGACUGUGAUACGUCCUGGUUUGCUGACUUUCUGCGCACCACUCCGGUGCACAUUCCCUAUCUCACCAAAUACAUCCUUUGUGAAUACCCCCAGUCUCAGCUGGGGCAGAGCCUACUGUCUAUGGACCAGCGUUCCUGCCAGGACAUAUAUGGCAGCUUGGCCUUCCUCGUCAGCUCCUUCCUUGCUGUGGCACUGACUGUUCUGCCCCUGCUGAAGCAUCUCUAUGGCUGGGAUGUGUGGUACUGCCUGCAUGUGCUCUGGGCAGGACAUAAAGGCUACUCCCAGCUGGCAGGCACCGACUCACCUCAUCACUACGAUGCAUUUGUGGUGUUUGACACCAGGAACCAAGCGGUGAGGGAAUGGGUCUACAAUGAGCUAACUGUCAAUCUGGAAAACCUGGGCCAUAGAAGAUUUCAUCUGUGUUUGGAGGAGAGGGACUGGAUUCUUGGUCUUUCAUGUAUUGAGAAUCUUCAUAAAGCUGUUUAUAACAGUGUAAAGACCGUGUUUGUGCUGUCCAGUGGAUCCAACAGUGGCGAGACAGUGAACGGUGUGAUCCGUCAGGCUUUCUUCAUGGUCCAGCAGCGGCUUCUGGAUGAGAAGGUGGAUACAGCUGUGCUGGUUCUGUUGGAUGAGUUGUUUCCCAAACUGAAGUACCUUCAGCUCAGGAAGAGGCUGUGCAAAAAAUCUGUCUUGUCAUGGCCAAGAAAUCCCAGGGCCCAGCCUCUUUUCUGGAAUCGAAUGAGGACAGCUCUGUCGUCAGAUAAUUUCAAAUUUUAUGACCACAACAUGAGUGAAAGUUUUAUUUGACCUGCUUAUAGAGGAACCUCAGUGAGUCACGUUUUCUGACUUUCCAUAUGCUUUUUUUUGGAAAACAUAACCUAUGAUACACUGUAUUACACACACAAUAAUAUUUGAUUAAUGUGUAAAUAUGUAACUAUCGUGAUUUUGAAUUAAAAUCUUAAGUCAAUGAUGUAAAGA